GCCAGUGUUAAAAACCAUCAGGUUUCCUCUUCACCUCGCCCGAGUCUUUCCUUUUGCAAACAAGCUUUUCUUUAAUGUCCCGGCCCUGUUUUUUCCAGCCUGUGUGCGUAUCGACGGCACCCAGGGGAGCCGGAGGGCCAAAUCGAGCCACGGAGCAGUUUAGGGGAGUAAGGGGACCGGGACACCUGCUUUGGAAAAGCCACUCCAGACACUAAACUUUUGCUGACUUCGUUGCAUUUUGUUCGUCCUAAAAAAGAAAGAAAGAAAAAAAAAUCCCACUUGCUUGCGACAUGGAAAAGAGACUCGCCUUUUCCUGUUUGGCACCUGACAGAGGGGUAUAUGGAAAAUAAGAUUUUUCGUUAAGUACUUUAGGAUCCUGUUUGUGCAAAUGAUUAAAAAGGAGUGAAAGAAAAGCUGGAAAUAAAAAGCAAAGGGAUGGAUAACUUAAAAGAAACAUUGCAAGAAAAGGAAAACAUUUUUUCCCCUACUUCUUAAUAAUUUUGCCUACAAUUUUAAUAAUAAUAAAAGAAUCAGUAAUAAUGCUUACAUUAGCUUGCUUACUUUUUUUUAUGUACAAAUACGAGUUUCUCAAAAUAGAUGGUUCUGGCUACACCGAAAAAAGAUUCAUAUGCAAAAUAAGCAUUUUACAAAAAAAAAUAAUAAUAAUAAUUUCUUGCACAUUAAAGUCGGCAAACACCGCGCAACAGUUAGGCGAAAUCACCUGUUGUCGGCACCAAUGACUCAAACGUUUGUUUUCCGGAGCGCAUAAGCCGCACUGUAAAUUUGGGCAUCGAGUUUAAAAGAAUGAAGGAAGACCAAAAAGCAACAGCCGUCAUCAAGUCAUAAAUCAGAAGCGUCAUUUUUUUUUUUUUUUUUUUUUUUUCGCCAUGGAAAAGAUCGAAUGUCACCGUCCGCAGGCUUUCGGGAGUUACAGGUGCGGAGAUGAGGAACAUUCAGCAAUUCAUCAAACAGAAAAAAAAAAUCAUUUGCAUCCAGUCCAGCAAUAUUUUCAAGUUUACCAAUGAAGCACUUUUGAUGCUCUUUACUCACUGGAAUAUUUCGGUUCGCGGCUGUGGAUCACAUUGACAGUUAAACAUUUCAGGGAUAUAUUUAUCACUUAGCCAGGCUGUUUCUUUUUUUCUUUUCUUUUCUUUUUUUUCCAGAGAGACGCUUAGCUCUCCUCUUAUAUAGAUUUAUCUGGGAUAAUCGGAAUUCCAAAGCAAAAAAAUAAAAAAAUACUCGAAUCCCCUGUGCUGCCCUGCUACUUCAUUAAUCGGACAGUCGCCUUUUUUUGUUGCAACCAAUAGGAGAACUCUGAGCAUAAAAGGUUUCUGCAUGCCAUGCUAACGCGCAUCAGCCAGAUUUGCUGUGGAAAAACUUCCUUACAUUUGCGAAAUAUUGAAAAUGUAUUAGAAAUAAGCAUCAACAGCAGCAAACAAAAUGAGAAUUCAAGAAUCGGAAGAAUAUUUUAAUUUUGGAUUUUGGUGCAAAAAAAAAACUGAACUCAACUGAAAGAUGGGAAUAAAAGCAGAACAUAAAUUUAGGUUUUCGUAAUUUUUAUAACUAUUUUGGAAAAAAUAUAAAGUUAUGUUUUAAUGUAUGUUAUUUCAAUACUGACGUUCAUGCUUCGUUUUUUAUUUUAUUUUAAUAUCAAAUUUGUUGAUAUUAAUCAGCUUAGGUAAUUUUCACUUUUUAGAACCUUUGCAAUUAAAAAGAUAAUUAGAAGCCAAAAGACUCUAACGGCUGCGGAUAAAAUAUGAAAUUUUCGAGCGUACCGAUGCUUACUCGCAUUUCUGAAGAAACAGAUAAGCAAUAAGUUGUAUUUCCUUUCUUUUAUUCCUCCCACUCCCUCACUUUGGCUGCACGAUCAAGUCCCGUUCCUCUGGUCAAGUUCAGCGUGUUGUUCCCCCGGCCCUCGCGGACGCUUCUUAUUGGUAGGCUGCGACAGUUACAUCACGGCGCUCGUGACGCGCACGUCUUCCUGUUUCCUUCAGCCGCGUCUUAAAGUGAAUCUUAGUGGCGGAGGAGCGCUCCAGCAGCAUCCAGUCCUCCGCUCUGCAUCCAGCGCGCCUCAGAGACGCACACACGCACAGCUUCUCUCACUCUCUCUCUCUCUUUCUCCCUCUCCCUCUCUCUCCUGUCUUCUUUCAAGGUCUCUCACUCUUUCGACCACAGCUGAGGAUAGAAGGAGAGACGGACGCGCAAGAGCCAGUUUUCCCCGUUUUCUUUUUAUAUUUUUGGUCUCUUUUAGUUGGCGCCUCUCACUUUAUCCCAGCUCUUCCUUUCCUCAUAUUUUGCACCAGCUCCUCCGCACAGCAGUCCGCGGCUCUUUUCUCUCUUUCGCCGCCGCAGGAGUUCAGGUUGCCCCCCCUUAAUCUUCAUCUUGGACCGGAUACUCAGAGGCUUUGACCCUAGAGGACUGGGUUUGUGGGAUAUGGCCCAAUAGCAGCAGCCCGUGAUGCCGGACCAUGACAGCGACUCCCUCCUGAACAGACAGACCAAGCGACGACGUGUGGACAUUGGUGUCAAGAGGACAGUGGGUAGCACAGCCUCCUCCACAGCAGCAGCUACUACCGAUAACAUCGCCCGCGCCAAAGCAGCCAUUUUCAGUGCCAUGAACUCUCUGAGCUCCCAUUCUCACCACGGAUCAGACAACGACUCCAUGGAGUGCUCUGUAGUGCAGCCACAUGGUGGGCCUGGCGUCGUGUCAGCAGGCGACAGUGAGUCCAAAUCAAAUGUACUCCGAAAGCUACUGAAGAGGGCCAACUCAUAUGAGGAUGCCAUGAUGCCCUUCCCUGGCACCACCAUUAUCUCUCAGCUUCUCAAGAAUAACAUUGCAAAAAAUGGAGGCGGACCUGAGAGAGGGGAAAGAGGAGAUAGAGUCGAAUCAGGCUUCCCUGGAUCAGGGCUCUCGAAUGCUAGCUCUGAUGCCCCGCAGGAAGAUGCAUGCAGUAACUCCUCCCAGGAUAGCACGCCUCAGGAGUGCUUGUCACCAUUUGGUCGUCCUCCUGGCCUGGCCACCUUUGACAUUGAACGUCUCAAUGAUGAACACCUGCGUGCCAAGCGGGCCCGUGUAGAGAACAUUAUACGUGGUAUGAGCCACUCGCCAAGCGUGGUGGUGCCUGCUACUUCCCGCCAUGAGCGUGACCAUGAGAUGGAUGGAGAGCGGGAUCUAGAACUGGAUUGUCCACCUCCUCAGUCCCAACAGCAAGCCCCGGGCAGUCCACGGGGAGGUGAAGUGUGCAGUAGCAGCCGAGAGAAUAAGCGCAAACAGCGACUGCCUCAGCAGCAGCAGCAAAGCUUCACCCAGCUGGUGUGUCAGAGAAAGGAACAGAAGCAGGAGGAGCGGCGGCAGCUCAAGCUGCAGCUGGAGGACAUGCAAAAGCAACUACGGCAGCUUCAGGAGAAGUUCUUUCAGAUCUAUGACUCCACCGAUGACUCAGAGCACACCGACCUUCACAAUGACAUAGGAAACAUGUCAGAGGACAGCCCAGGCAGGUCCGACACCGGUGGAGAUGACCGGGGCGGAGAUGACUUGCGCUCUGACAAUGAGAUGGCUGAUUUGGAUCCAGGCCAUUUCCUUGACAGGGCGCGGGCUCUGCUUCAGGAGCAGGCCUUGUUGGCCGACACUGAGAAGCCAAGAAGAGAUGGCCUCAGCCGAAACAAAGGACAGGGAGGUCCAGGUUCCUCCAUGCAUGCUGAAGGUAAACAGCUAGCAGAAACACUGAAGCAAGAGCUCAACUCAGCCAUGACCCAGGUGGUGGACACAGUGGUAAAGGUGUUUGCUAAACCUCCUCGCCCUACUCCUCAGCAGGCCUUCCCACCUCUAUCUAUACCCCCUGAAAGAUUUCCUGCUGUUGUCAAUGGCGACAACCCAAAUUUCCACACCGCUAACCAGAGGCUGCAAUGUUUUGGUGAUGUGAUCAUUCCUAAUCCACUGGAUUCCUUUGCUAGCAUGCCUGGCAUACCAGGGCCUACCAAUGACCAAACUGAGGCACUGCCUUUAGUAGUACGUAAGACACCCAGUGAGCAUCACCACCAGUCUUCAGCUGUGGGUGCCCAUGGUGGUAGCCACCAUCCAGCUCUCCAUCCAUCAUCUCUCUCUGCCUCCAUGGGCUUCAGCCCUCCCUCCUUUCGACAUCCCUUUCCACUGCCACUCAUGGGUUACCCCUUCCAGACUCCCAUUGGCCCACCCACAGCUUACCCAGGCAAGGACCGUACUUCACCAGACUCCAUGGACCUGCCCAGAGAGACCACCAGUUUGAGAACAAAGAUGGCAUCAGGUCACCACCUGGGGCACCACCAUCGCUCUUGUUCACCAGCACACCCUGGCAGCACAGCCGAAAGCCUGUCCUUGUCCCUAAUCAAGUCAGAGUGCAGUGAUCUCCAGGACAUGGCUGACAUCUCACCUUACUCAGGCAGCAAUAUCCAGGAGGGCCUCUCCCCUAAUCAUCUGAAGAAGGCCAAACUCAUGUUUUUCUACACCCGCUACCCAAGCUCUAACAUGCUGAAGAUGUUUUUCUCUGACGUCAAGUUUAACCGCUGCAUCACCUCCCAGCUGAUCAAGUGGUUCAGCAACUUCAGGGAGUUCUACUACAUCCAGAUGGAGAAAUUUGCCCGGCAGGCCAUCAACGAUGGUGUCACUGGAGCCGAGGAGCUGAGCGUCAGCCGGGACUGCGAGCUCUUCCGAGCCCUCAACAUGCACUACAACAAGGCCAACGACUUUGAGGUCCCCGAUCGCUUCCUGGAGGUGGCUGAGAUUACAUUGCGGGAGUUCUUUAAUGCCAUCGUGGCCGGCAAAGAUGUGGACCCAUCCUGGAAGAAGGCCAUCUACAAGGUCAUCUGCAAACUGGACAGCGAGGUCCCUGAGAUCUUCAAGUCCCCAAAUUGCCUUCAGGAGCUUCUACAUGAGUAAAAUUCCUCCUACACCUCCAUCUCUGCUCAUCUCUUUGCGCUUAUUUUGUUUGUCGUUUCUGAUUUAAUUGAAUUUUUCAAAAAAUUCCCCCUUUUUUUUUUUUUUUAUUAUUAUUAUUAUUAUUUCUAACUAAACGUUUGAUUUUUUUUUUCUUUUAUUAUUAUUUUUGAAUGUAUAAAAGUUAUGGAGUAGCAUUCCCAAACUAAAGCCUCUGUGGCAUUUCCUAAAUGAUCUAGCUAUUGUGUUGUUGUUCAUAUAUUAUUAUGGUUAUUAUAUGUUUUGUUUUUCUAACAUUCUGAAGUGAAGAGACUUUUAUUACUGGGUGUUUUUGGACCGUGUGAGCCCUCACCUGAAUGGCCUGUUUUAUGAACAAUACUACCUGAGUGUGCGGAGGGACUUUGCAUUUACAUCACUACAAACACAGGCAGGGUUUACUAAGAAACUGUAUCCCUCCAGUUGUAGGGGCAUCCUGACAAACCGUUUCCUGCUUGGCUGCCCAAUAGACUCUGCUUUAUGAGAUGUCACUAAGAAGACACACAUGCACACAAAAUCGAGGCCUACUGUGGUUAUUGACUGGACUAAAACUGGACUCGUGUUACUGGUCAGCACUGGUCUGCAGAACUUGGACUGGUUUUAAGAGGCUACUGAAGUCGACCACCUUUUGAAGUGUAUUCUCCCCUAAAAGCAGGGCAUUGUGUUUAUUGGGUGUACAUUAUUUUGAUUAAUAUUCUUAUUGUUGUUUAUGAUUAUUUGUCUUUUUUUUUUUGCUUGCUGAAGAUUGGCACUUCAAGACUUGUUUGUCCCUUGAUGCCGUUGCAGAAGAAAAAUAAAUUAUUAUUAAUAUUACUCCAAGCGCAUUUAGAUUCCUAAAUACUUUCUCCACCGUAUUUCCCUCCAUCCUUUUCUUUGCUCGAAUUUCUUCAUGAAAGCAAUCAUGUCAGGUUUUCUGUUUGACUGGAGUAAAAAGAUGUCCCUAAUUAGUAACACUGUGAAACAGGGUCUAAAGAAGGUUUCAGUAACACUUCACACAAAAGAGUACAGAAAUACAAAGCAAACACAUUAUACUUGUGUUGUUUUUCUUCAUACUCAUCUUUAAAUCAGCAAUGUUUCUGAAGGUGCUCCACCUGAAAGUGUACAACUGCUCAUCUGUAUCUGUAUACUGUCGAUAUCCAGCUCUUAUAAGAUUAAGGCAGCCUGAUUACUAUUUAGGCUUCUGUUCUAAUAAUCCUAUGCGAAGUGAAAAUGAAGUGCUAAAGUUGCUUUAUUUGCAGAUGAUACUUGAAUAUUUCAGGAUAUUGUAGAGAAACUUAGGUUGAAGCAACACACACACACACACACAGGUGUGCACACACAAGUCAACCAUAACAAUUUGACCAACUGUUUAGUGGUGUAUGCAGUCAAAACUAUCCAUAUACCUGGUUUUAAAUAAUCUUUUACCAACAUGUUUCUUAUGACUGGAAGUGAUGCCAACCAAUUAGAUUUAGGCAAAACUUGAAUUUCAUUGAGAACCUGUGAAGAAAUCUAAAAUUUAGGGUGGUAACUAAAAGGCCUUCCUCUCAUAGAGACACAAAGUUGAUCAUCACCAAAGAUAUAUUAUCAAAUACCAACGGAAAUCCUAUGAAAACUGGUCAGCAAUUAUAAUAAGGGUUUGUGUGAUGUAACACAAAUAAAAAGAUGUCUCUACCUAAUUGUUUUAAUUAGGUGCUUCUUUUAAAUCACUUUAUUUUCUUUUGAGCGAGACUCUCGCCUACCAUAAACAAACUUCUUGGUUGAACGAUAUUUACUUUAAAAUCUGCCAGGGGUACAAAUUAUCCAACGGGCGAAAACCAACCCAUUCAUUAUUUCUGACACAUGGACACAUGCGGCAGUGGCAUCUUUCUUCCGCGUUCAUCUGCCUGUGAGUGAUCUAGCUUUUUCCUACAAAGCAACAGUUCGAGGUCGGAGGUGAGCACUCACCCUGAGGGUAGAUGGAGAAGUUCUCACCACUACAAAGAUCAGGGACAAAGGAGCAGAGCGUUGUACAACGCACACCUGGAGCUCUCCGCUCUGCCCCGCUGUCUCAAAGCGGCUUCGUUCUCAGACCCAAAGUGUAAUUUGCUUGAAAGCCACAGUGCCCAGAUUGCUAAAUGGCGGCCCCACAGAAUUUUACCUGUGAUUUUUUUUUUCCCCCUCCUUAUUUGCACAUAUUUUUAGAGUUAUUCAUGUGUGUGACUGUGUGCUUUCAUCCACCCUCUCUCAGGCUUAAUAAAAGUGAAGGAAAAAGUUGACUUGAAAGUGCACGCAAGCUAGCUGUUGAUCUCACCUCGGAGUCAUUAUCUUAUAGGAUGUCUUUGUGUUUCACAAAAGAUCAAAAGGACCAGGUUGCUUGACCUGCUGACUCGUCUAAGCGAGACAAAGCACCUGACAAAAGGCAGCAGCAAAGACUUAGAGCUACUCCCUUCAUUAUGUCCCCCUCUCCUUCUCCUCCCUGGACAGUGUUUCUUCUUAAGAUUGGGAGCCCUGAGAAAACGACCCGGACACUUUUCGCACUGAAGGAUGCCUGAGUCUCAAAGCACCAGCCAAGGGCUCUAAAGCGUCACAAACAAAAGGGAGAAAGGAAAGACAGACUUUUAUCUGAUGUGCAGAUUAUUAUCGGUCCCCGCCCUGCCCUUCCUGAAACUCCACCCUGAUGUAAUAUAGUUUCUAUGCCUAAAAAGUGUGGAAAAAAAAAAUAUUUUUGUCAAGUUUUCCUUUUCAAUUGUCAUUUGAUAUUUAUGAUUAAAAAUAAAUAAAUAUUGAAGUUCAGUUCUGGCAUUUUCUGGUAAUUUGUGAAAAUAUAUACAGUUUCCGAAGGCUCUUUGAAAGAAAAGGUUUAAUAAAGCAGCCACAGAGGGUAAUUUAUGUGGCACUUUUAUGGAAUUGAAUACUUGGAAAUUUCUCAACUAGGAGGAAUAGGGGCAGGUUUUUAUACCUUUUUCAGCCAGUUUCAUUUUUUUAUGUGUCUUUAUUUUUCUUGCUACGUGUUGAAUUAAUAUCUUGUUGAGAAAGAAAUGCGUUUAGAAAAUUUAAGCACAUUUCAAGAAUAUGAACUAUUGUGGCAAAUAUCAAUAUGUCAGGAUAAAACAGAAUACUUGUACAGAUGUUUUUUAUAUGAUCGGUAAGAGUGCUAGAGAGGAAUGAGUGAUUAAAAGACUAAGUUGGGGGGGCGGGGCGGUGUGGGGAUAAAUCUCCAAAAAAAAUUCAAAAACAGCCAGCCCCCAUGAGUCCCCCACCCACGCACACCCCUGCCAGGCCUUUAGCGGGAGUCCAUCUCCCAACUCCCAUCGGCAGUACUCUUGAAGUUGCACCAGCGUUGUGGUUUCUUUUACCGAGCGGUGGGGCCAUCAUGGCACAGGUGGUCGCCGACAUAGACUUAGACCGAAUCCAGGAAAUAGACAGGACCUUGCAGUCAGAUUUGCUAUGGAAAGAAAAUUUGUACAUAUAUGCUUUGAUUAAAGAGGCUGGAGGCAGACGUAAAAAUCCUAUAGGGCCUUUUUUUUGUUUGUUUGGUAAAUAUUUGUGGAUUUUCUGUGUGCUCAUCCGUACGUUUGUUUGCGACACAUACUGUAUACAAGUGUUUGCGUCUGUGUGAAAGAAAAGACCGAUUAUGAGAACCUGUGAACCACCGAGUGACACAAUUCUCAACACUGUGUGCCCUCCCCCACCCCUGGGAGUACCACCCUUACAUGUAAAUGAUUCUCAUUAAGCAUUGGCAACAUGUGUUUUGGUGUGUGUGCGUGUGUGUGUGUGUGCGUGUGUGUGUGUGUGCGUGUUGUGAUAAUUUCUUCUGAUCUGUUUUCUGACCUGUUUGAAAGAGGAUUUUGAUUUAAGGCUUUCAGUGGUAAAUCCUUUCUUUAAAUUAUUAUUAUUAUUAUUAUUAUUAUUAUUAUUAUUACUAAAAUUAUUACUACACUGCUCCUCUUUUAUUGUAAAUAAUAAUGACAUGGACUUACAUUGAUAAAUACGGCCUUUGUAUGACUUAGCAAUAUUUUUAUGUAAAUAGUGUUUUGUUCAUGCUUUUUCUAUGACAUUAUUAGUGCAGUAAUUCCAAUUGGAACAGCCAUGUUUUUCUACAGUCUGAAUAGUGACACAGGUUGUAAAAUAAAACUCAUAACGUGGCUGCUGUAUUUCUUUCUCCUGUUACCGGUGUCUAUUUGUCUCAGCAGGUUUUUGUGUAAUUUAUUGGUUUAAUUUAUCCUAAUUUAUUUCAUGUUGUUCUAUUUUGAUUUCCUUCCAUCCAGCGAAAGAUGCACUGCAUUGCAACAAGCUGAAUCAAUUUAAAAGUGUUCAGGCUUUUUUUUAUUAUUAUUAUUAUUUAAAAGUGAAUUUAAUUAAUGUAAUUGACAGAAAUGCUGAACAAAGAUCAGACAGCUUAAUGGAACCUGAUAGAUAAUGGGUUUGACUGGGUAGAGGGUGGAGUUAGAAAGCUUGAAACUAGUUUAAAGACUUUUUUUCUUCUCUUGAGAUGUUUAUUUUCCCCCCCUGUGUUGUUUUGGCCCAGCCCAACAAAGAACCAGUAGUCAAACUGCCUUUUGUGCCUUCACCCUCUAUGAACUGAAUGUAUGUGCAGUAUAUAUGCAAGCUUGUGCUAAAUGCAAAAAAAGAUAAAAAUAAAAAACGAGAGUGGAAAAUGUCAA